CAAAAUCCCCGCGAAUCAUCUUCACGCUGACUAGCCUAUAAUAUAACGCUAAUACGUUCCCGAGGCAGUCUGCCUACCCGCACAGCCUAUCUUGCGAAUGUUUCUCCGACACUGAGAAUGCUGUCUGUAAAGGCGGCUCACUAGAUUUUGAAACACAGCCUCACCGUGUCUUUAAGCGAGCUGGAGCCCGCUGUCAGUGAUUCUAGGAGGAGCCCACACGCUCCACAUGCUCGGCGAGAUAUGAGCGGCAGUUAGAUGCACUUGGAUUACUGGCUGCUGAACUGAAACAACGUCUCCGCUCAUAAAAAAUAUGUAAAACAGUGACGUUUCUGAUUACACGUCUUUUUUUUUAACGAGUGGAUAUUCUCCUCAGUCGGAGAUAAAACACGCGAUGCAGUGAAAGCAUCACUUAUUUUAGUCCCAGACGAUGGAAUUCAGUUUGAAAAGCCCAGCGUGAGAAAGUGAAGUACGCGCAGGAUUUACAUUCUCACCCAUUUUACGAUAGUCAGUAUCCGAGAGCAUGGGUUGGCAAGAGACCCUAUGGCUUUUGGUAUCAUUUAUCUUGGACAAAUGGUUUUCCCGACUGACUUGGGUGGUGGCCUGGUGGUCGUAUGUAUGACGUCAUUUACUUCAAAGUUUGGAGUGACAUCAUAUGUACGGCUGCUAAACUGCUACAUGGGACAUCAGAAACCUCACUGAUGAAUUUGGUGUUGUAAAUGCGUUAUUGUGUGGAGAGUGCAACAAAGGCUGGAACAACAGAGACGAAAGCAGAGCCCAACGUCGACUUAUCCCUUACUCCUGUUAUGAUGGCAAUGGAGGGAGAGAGGCUGAUCAUGACUGAGUCUCAGUACAAAUGUCUGGAGCUUCUGAGCCAAGAUGGAUCCCAUAAUAAAACAGGUUCGUUCUGCAGCAGAUUCUGGGAUGGCUUGCUCUGUUGGGAUGAAACACCAGCUGGAACCUUUGCUUCACAGAACUGCCCAGACUAUCCCAGCUUUGACCCCUUGGAAAAGGUAACCAAAUACUGUGAUGAAUCUGGCAACUGGGUACACAGUUCAUCCAUCAAUAAGACCUGGUCCCACUGUCUCACAUUCUCAAAGGAGAAAAUAAAGACGUUACCAGUUCAUGGCUUUUUAGAGACGGAGACGGAGAUGGAUCCCACCGCUGAGAGUCAGGUCAGCCCUGUAGUGACUCAGAAAGCGGAGGAGAGGAAGAAGAUCAUCGAUGGUCAAUAUAAAUGCUUUGAGAAAAUGAACAGAGACCAGCCAUAUAACAAAUCAGGUUCAUACUGCAACCGCACGUGGGAUGGGUGGCUAUGCUGGGACGAUACGCCGGCGGGAACAUACACAUCUCAAAACUGCCCCAAUUACUUCCCUGACUUUGACUCUACUGAAAAGGUCACCAAGUAUUGCGAUGAGACAGGAAACUGGUUUAGGCACCCUGAGACAAACAGGACAUGGUCCAACUACACCCUUUGCAUUGCUCACACCAAGGACAAGCUCAAGAUGGCGUAUAUUUUGUAUUAUAUGGCGAUUGUGGGUCAUGCUCUUUCUAUAGUGUCCCUUCUCAUCUCUCUGGCCAUUUUCUUUUAUUUCAGGAGCCUGAGCUGUCAGAGAAUCACGCUACACAAGAACCUGUUCUGCUCGUAUGUGCUCAACUCAGCCUUCACCAUCGUCAACCUCAUAACUGUGGUCAACAACCCCAAAGUGGUGCAGAGGAAUCCGAUUGGCUGCAAGGUGCUUCACUUCUUCCACAUGUACAUGCUGGGCUGUAACUAUUUCUGGAUGCUCUGUGAGGGGAUUUACCUGCACACGCUGAUUGUGGUGGCCGUUUUUGCCGAGGAGCAGCAUCUGCACUGGUAUUAUCUUCUGGGCUGGGGAUUCCCCUUGGUGCCUGCAUCCAUCCAUGCUGUGGCGAGGAAGAAAUACUUUGAUGACAACUGCUGGAUGAGUGUGGAGACACAUCUGCUCUAUGUGGUUCACGGCCCCAUCAUGGCAGCUUUAUUAGUCAAUUUAUUUUUUCUGCUGAACAUAGUACGGGUUUUGGUGACCAAACUGAGAGAUACGCAUCGAGCUGAGUCAAACAUGUAUAUGAAGGCAGUGAGGGCCACCCUCAUUCUUGUGCCCUUAUUGGGCAUUCAGUUCGUCAUCUUCCCUUGGCGGCCAGAGAACCGCUUGGCAGGAGAGAUAUAUGAUUACAUCAUGCACAUAUUAAUGCAUUACCAGGGAUUGCUGGUGGCAACCAUAUUCUGCUUUUUCAAUGGAGAGGUCCAGGGAGCUCUGAAAAGGCAGUGGAUGCAGUACAAAGCCCAGUGGGGUCAGCGUCGACGUGAACACUGCUCCAUGAGAUCCACCUCCUACACCGCCACCUCCAUCACCGAGGUGCCCGCCUUCAUGUACCAUCAUGACUGCAACAGUGAACACUUGAAUGGUAAACAAACAGAAGACUCCGAGCUAGUGGCCCUCAAGACGGGCGAGACAUACGCAUGAUCAUUCGGAGAAAAAGAUAAUACUGGGAAAAAAUGUGAUUCAAUCAAACCGGAGACUGGAGACUCAGAUUGACUGAACCUUCGCAAACUCCCCCAUCUCAGACAGCACUUAAGCUUCGACACCAGAACAUUCAAAGCCUUGUGCUGGCAAAGCCGUUUCUGUUGAAAUGUUUCUCAAGGCUUUGUUUAUAUUCUGUUCAGCUCUGCUUCUGCGAGUUGAAACGCAAAGGAACCGAAAAAAAAAAUAGAGAGAUGGGAUGUUUUUUUUUUUUUUUUUUAAAUGUCAUACUAAAGCUGCUAGUGUCAGGCUCCUCUCACAUCCUUUUUGGGCUGGUGGCCACAAAUAAAAAAAAGUUACUUUGCAAAAAACCAAAGGAUGUGUUGAUUUGUGGGAUGCUGCGUGUUUCUCUAAACCACUGGGAACCGAUCCUCCAGAGGACAGGCUACGCUCGUCUGUCUCUGAACAAAGGAAAGUUCUUCUGUGCCUGAAUCCUGUUCCUGAUGGUGGUGAAAUGUCAGAGGAGGUUACGGAGAUCUGUCUGACGGUCAUUUCGCAUUUGAAAAUAGCUUUUUAUCUGUCUUGCGAGACUCCUGACUGCUUUAUUGUUUUUGCAGCUGUACUUUUCUGCCUCGUCUUUGCUGCAAAAGGGGGUGUGGAGAAAAAGAUGAACAUGGACAUGGACAAUUUUAGGACUGCUUAAAAGUAAAUUCACAAACCUGUGCAUAGAUAUGCACAAAAAUGUAUUCUGUAAACAAAAACAAAACAAAAAAUAUAUAUUUAAAAAGCU